AUUAUUCGUUGCUGGUUCUCUUCUGCUCACUAUGAAGAAAUCUUCCUGCUCGAUUCUCGCCGUGUUGGUGUUGUUCCAACUCUGCGGCAGAAUUCAUACACGAGUCAUUUCUGAUAUACCUUCACCGGACAAUAACGAGGGUAGCGGUUUCGGAGGUGAUGGAAUUGAAGAGAUCCAAAAUGGAUUCGAGUCGAUCAAUUCUGGGCCGGAAAUUGUUCCGAUAGAGGUCAAUGGAGGAGACCAACAAUAUUUGGAAGGGUUGCCACCUGCUCCAAUCCAAGGAAAUAUGGGUGGUAUUCCAGAGUUCAACAAUGGAUUCGACUUAAUGAAUUUUGAGCCUGAAAAUGUUCCGAUAGACGUCAACGGAGGAGAUCAACAAUAUUCUGAAGGAUUGCCACCUGCUUCAUUCCAAGAAAACAUGGGUGAUAUUCCAGAGUUCAACAAUGGGUUUGACUCAAUGAAUUUUGAGCCUGAAAAUGUUCCGAUAGACGUCAACGGAGGAGAUCAACAAUAUUCUGAGGGAUUGCCACCUGCUCCAUUCCAAGGAAACAUAGAUUACAUCGUGAGUCAAGGCGAUAAUGAAAACGGGCAAGCAGCCUUCGGAAUUCAGGGUGAAGACGCUGAUGCGGGCAUUCCAGUAGGCAAUGACGAACAGCCAAUUGAUAAUGAUGCCAACGUUGACGUUCAAGAUGAUUCACCGGUCAUUGGAUUUGUAGGACAAAAUACCAUCUUUGACGAACAAGCGCCGCUGAACAAUGCAGGUUUCUCGGAUAACAUGGGUGACGGCUCUGGAGAACAAGCAUCAGCAACCAAUGCAGGUUCCGGUAGUCAAUUUGGUGACAACUCUGGUGAACAAGCACCAGCAAACAAUGCAGGUUCCGGUAGUCAAUCUGGUGAUAACUCUGGUGAACAAGCAUCAGCAAACAAUGCAGGUUCCGGUAGUCAAUCUGGUGACAACUCUGGUGAACAAGCCCCAGCAAACAAUGCAGGUUCCGGUAGUCAAUCUGGUGACAACUCUGGUGAACAAGCACCAGCAAACAAUGCAGGUUCCGGUAGUCAAUCUGGUGAUAACUCUGGUGAACAAGCAUCAGCAAACAAUGCAGGUUCCGGUAGUCAAUCUGGUGACAACUCUGGUGAACAAGCCCCAGCAAACAAUGCAGGUUCCGGUAGUCAAUCUGGUGACAACUCUGGUGAACAAGCACCAGCAAACAAUGCAGGUUCCGGUAGUCAAUCUGGUGAUAACUCUGGUGAACAAGCAUCAGCAAACAAUGCAGGUUCCGGCAGUCAAUCAGGCAGUAGCUCUGGAGAACAAGCACCAUCAGACAAUGCAGAUUCCGGUAGUCAAUUUGGUAAAGCAUCUGUUGAAUGGAGAGUUAAUUCGACUGCGACAAUUAACGAAGCCGCGACAACCACUGAAGUUGCGACGACGACUGAAGCACAGACAACGACCGAAGCUGGAACAAGUGACGAAGCUGCGUCAACGACCGAAGCUGAAACGACUGAUGAAGCUGCAUCAGCGACUGACGCUGGAACAAGUGACGAAGCUGCUUCAACCACCGACGCUGGAACAACUGACGAAGCUGCAUUAACGACCGAAGCUGGAACAAGUGACGAAGCUGGAACAACUGACGAAGCUGCUUCAACGACCGAAGCUGGAACAACUGACGAAGCUGCUUCAACGACCGAAGCUGGAACGGGUGACGAAGCUGCGUCAACGACCGAAGCUGGAACAAGUGACGAAGCUGCUUCAACGACCGAAGCUGGAACGGGUGACGAAGCUGCUUCAACGACCGAAGCUGGAACAAGUGACGAAGCUGCGUCAACGACCGAAGCUGGAACAAGUGACGAAGCUGCUUCAACGACCGAAGCUGGAACAAGUGACGAAGCUGCAUCAACGACCGAAGCUGGAACGGGUGACGAAGCUGCUUCAACGACCGAAGCUGGAACAAGUGACGAAGCUGCUUCAACGACCGAAGCUGGAACGGGUGACGAAGCUGCGUCAACGACCGAAGCUGGAACAAGUGACGAAGGUGCGUCGACAACCGAAGCUGGAACAAGUGACGAAGCUGCUUCAACGACCGAAGCUGGAACGGGUGACGAAGCUGCUUCAACGACCGAAGCUGGAACAAGUGACGAAGCUGCUUCAACGACCGAAGCUGGAACGGGUGACGAAGCUGCUUCAACGACCGAAGCUGGAACAAGUGACGAAGCUGCUUCAACGACCGAAGCUGGAACGGGUGACGAAGCUGCGUCAACGACCGAAGCUGGAACAAGUGACGAAGCUGCUUCAACGACCGAAGCUGGAACAGGUGACGAAGCUGCGUCAACGACCGAAGCUGGAACAAGUGACGAAGCUGCAUCAACGACCGAAGCUGGAACAAAUGACGAAGCUGGAACAACUGACGAAGCUGCUUCAACGACCGAAGCUGGAAAGGGUGACGAAGCGGCAUCAACAACCGAAGCUGGAACGAGUGACGAAGCUGCGUCAACGACCGAAGCUGGAACGAGUGACGAAGGUGCGUCGACAACCGAAGCUGGAACAAGUGACGAAGCUGGAACAACUGACGAAGCUGCUUCAACGACCGAAGCUGGAACGGGUGACGAAGCUGCGUCAACGACCGAAGCUGGAACAAGUGACGAAGCUGCUUCAACGACCGAAGCUGGAACGGGUGACGAAGCUGCGUCAACGACCGAAGCUGGAACAAGUGACGAAGCUGCUUCAACGACCGAAGCUGGAACAAGUGACGAAGCUGCUUCAACGACCGAAGCUGGAACAGGUGACGAAGCUGCGUCAACGACCGAAGCUGGAACAAGUGACGAAGCUGCUUCAACGACCGAAGCUGGAACGGGUGACGAAGCUGCGUCAACGACCGAAGCUGGAACAGGUGACGAAGCUGCGUCAACGACCGAAGCUGGAACGGGUGACGAAGCUGCUUCAACGACCGAAGCUGGAACAAGUGACGAAGCUGCUUCAACGACCGAAGCUGGAACAAGUGACGAAGCUGGAACAACUGACGAAGCUGCAUCAACGACCGAAGCUGGAACGGGUGACGAAGCUGCAUCAACAACCGAAGCUGGAACAAGUGACGAAUCUGCGGCAACGACCGAAGCUGGAACAAGUGACGAAGCUGCGUCAACGACCGAAGCUGGAACAAGUGACGAAGCUGCGUCAACGACCGAAGCUGGAACAAGUGACGAAGCUGGAACAACUGACGAAACUGCGUCAACGACCGAAGCUGGAACAAAUGACGAAGCUGGAACAACUGACGAAGCUGCGUCAACGACCGAAGCUGGAACAAGUGACGAAGCUGCUUCAACGACCGGAGCUGGAACAACUGAUGUAGCUGCGUCAACAACCGAAGAUCAGACAACGACCGAAGCUCAGACAACCACCGAAGCUGCAACAACCACAGCACAGACAACGACUGAAGUUCAAACAACAACCGAAGCUCAGACAACUACUUCUGCUCCUACCACAACGGAAACUCCGACCACAGUCGUCACUACUCUUUCUGAUGAAUCUUCCGACACGUCGUCCUCCUAUGAUUCCGGUUGGUCGCUAUGGGAUGCUGUUGUAUCAAGUGGUGAGUAG